AUGUCCCUCGUAUCUGGUCCAGGACGAGCUUCAACCUCAGCCUCUCUGCCAACCGAAAUCCAGCUCUCCAUUGCCGCUCACGUAAAAUACAUCCAAUCUCUCGAUACGCGCAAAGACGAGCUCGAAUACCACCUCACAGAACACCUCCGCCUCAAUGGCAUCUACUGGGGUCUCACAGCUCUGCAUCUCCUCAACCAUCCCGAAGCACUACCCAGGAAAGAAACAAUCGAUUUCGUGCUGAGCUGUCAGACGGAGAGUGGAGGCUUUGGUGCUGCGCCGGGACAUGAUGCGCAUAUAUUAUAUACGUGCAGCGCGGUGCAGAUAUUGGCUAUGGUUGGGGCGUGGGAUGAGCUCGAGGAAAGAGGCGUGAAGGUCGGUGGUGUUGGGGGAAAGAGGGCGGUGGGAUUUUGGAUCGCAGCCCUCCAGAACAAAGAAACAGGAACUUUUACCGGUGACGAAUGGGGCGAAGAAGAUACACGCUUCAUCUGCUCUUCCCUGAUCGCUCUCUCCCUCCUCAAACUCCUUUCACUAGUCGACGUCCCGCUUGCUGUCACGUAUAUUGUCUCGUGCGCGAACUUCGAUGGUGGAUAUGGGGUUUCGCCUGGUGCGGAGAGUCAUUCUGGACAGAUAUUUGCGUGUCUUGCAGCGUUGAGUAUUGCUAGGAGGAUUGAUGUCGUGGAUAAGGAUAAGUUGGGACGGUGGUUGAGUGAAAGACAGGUGGAGCAAGGGGGCUUGAAUGGGAGAGCAGAGAAGUUGGAGGAUGUUUGUUAUAGUUGGUGGGUGGGGAGUAGUUUGGCUAUGAUUGGGAGACUACAUUGGGCUGAUGGAGAGGCGCUGAAGGGGUUCAUAUUGAGGUGCCAGGAUCCCGAAAUGGGUGGUAUUGCAGACAGGCCGGGCGAUGUGGUAGAUGUCUUCCAUACAGUCUUCGGCAUCGCUGGCUUGAGUUUAUUGGGAUAUCCAGGGCUGGAGGAGGUCGAUCCUGUGUACUGUAUGCCAAGGAAAGUCAUCGAGCGAGAGCUGGGUGCUGGAUAUGAUAAUGAGCCAUGA